UACACCACCGCACCCCCACCCCACGCGGCGCCCAGCCGCCAGCUGCUGCGCCCUUGUUCCCAUGCGCCGCAAGAAGCCCACCUCACUCGCUCACGCCACCAAGAAUCUUUCCCUCUCCUCCUCCCUUUCCCUCUCUCUGUCCUCUUCUUUCCCUCCCUCUCUCUCUCUAGUGAGGAGAGGCGAGGUGAGGUGGAGCUGAGAGAGUGAUGGCAUGGGGAGCUCGCAUUGCUGCUGCUCUGCUCAUGCUUCUUCUAGCAACAGCUCCAGGAGGUGGGGGUAAUGGCGGUGGCGUGCAUUGCAUGGAGGAAGGGAGCAGGAGAGGGAGAGCCUUGCGGACGCGGCACCACCUGAGGUCAAGACACUGGCCUUUGCCAGAAGUAGCACGUCUCAAGUACUUUUUAAUAUGGAUGGAUUACAUAAACAACGAUGAGAAUAGUAAAUUACUAAAUUUUUCAUGUGGAGCAGAGAGUGGCGCCACAGUGCUCGAGCUGCGGCACCACAGCUUCAGCGCAGCGCCAAGCAAGAGCAGGGAGGAGGAGAUCGACGGCCUCCUAUCCUCCGACGCCGCGCGCGUCUCGUCGUUGCAAUGGCGCAUCGAGAAUUACAGGCUGAUCAGGUCGUCGGAGGAGGAGGAGGCGGCGGUGGCGAUGGCGGCGUCCAAGGCGCAGGUGCCCGUCACCUCCGGCGCGAAGCUCCGGACCCUGAACUACAUCGCCACCAUUAGCCUGGGCGGCGGCGAGGCCACGGUGAUCGUGGAUACGGCCAGCGAGCUCACCUGGGUGCAAUGCAAGCCGUGCGAAUCAUGCCACGACCAGCAAGAGCCCCUCUUUGAUCCUUCAUCCUCGCCGUCCUACAGCACGGUGCCGUGCAACUCGUCGUCCUGCGACGCGCUGCAGGUGUCUGCUGGCAUGUCGGGGACGACGUGCGGCGCCGCCCAGCCGGACUGUAGUUACACGCUCAGCUACCGCGACGGCUCCUACUCCCACGGCGUCCUGGCGCAUGACAAGCUGAGCUUGGCCGGGGAGGUCAUCGACGGCUUCGUGUUUGGCUGCGGCACCAGCAACCAGGGGGCGCCAUUCGGUGGCACGUCUGGUCUCAUGGGGCUAGGCAGGAGCCAGCUCUCAAUGGUGUCACAAACCAUGGACCAAUUCGGUGGUGUGUUCUCAUACUGCUUGCCCCUCAAGGAGUCCGAUUCAUCGGGGUCCCUAGUCCUCGGCGACGACUCGUCGGUGUACCACAAUUCUACUCCAAUUGUGUACACUUCAAUGGUUUCCGACCCACUCCAAGGGCCCUUCUACUUCCUCAACCUCACCGGGAUGACGAUCGGCGGUCAGGAAGUGGAAUCAUCAGGCUUCUCGGCCGCUAAGGUCAUCAUCGACUCCGGGACCAUCAUCACGAGCCUCGUGCCAUCGAUCUACAAUGCGGUCAAGGCCGAGUUCUUGAACCAAUUCGCCGAGUAUCCACAGGCGCCAGGGUUCUCCAUCCUCGACACUUGCUUCAACAUGACAGGGUUCAGAGAAGUUCAGGUCCCAAGCCUGAAGCUUGUGUUUGAUGGCGGUGUGGAGGUGGAGGUGGACUCCGGUGGUGUGCUCUACUUUGUCAGCAGUGGCUCUUCCCAGGUGUGCUUGGCCAUGGCCUCCCUGAAAUCUGAGUAUGAAACCUCAAUCAUUGGCAAUUACCAGCAGAAGAACCUGAGGGUCAUAUUUGACACCUCAGGGUCUCAAAUUGGGUUUGCACAAGAGACUUGUGACUAUAUCUGACGUGCAUGCAUGACUGGGGUAUAUGGGGAGGGAGCCAUGAGCUAUGUGAAUAUCCUAUACCUGCAAAUUUCUUUUGAGAUUACAUCUGGUGAUUGUCAAGUGGUAUUACAGUAUUUAGUUAUGUGCAAAUGUACAAGCAUUCGCAAUUGCUUUUAUCUGUCUUUUUGCUUCAUCCAAGAUCAGUUUCAUUGCAAGAA